ACAAAUAUGUGAGAUGACAAGAGCAACCUUGGAGGUGUUGGAAACACUUGUAGUCAUAGCCCAACACGUAUGUAUGAACAGAGACCAAAACAUUCAAUUUUGUUUUGUCAAUCGUUCAUCUUUUGACGGCUAAUAGUUACAAUUCCAUUGUUACCACCAGCAACCUUCAAAAGUAAAGUUCCAUCGAUUCAAAGAAAAAUGGGUAUUCCUUCAGAACUUAGGGAUGCUUGGGUCUCCAAAAGAAAUUCUUUCAUUAUUGCUUCUCCAGAUGAAGAGAGGAAGAUCUUAAGGACUAAGAAAUGUACCAAUGAUGGUGUGCGUGCUGGAUUCAAGGCGGCUGUCAUUGCAGCCAUUGCCAGUUCUGUGCCUACAUUGACUGCUGUUCGCAUGAUUCCAUGGGCAAAAGCAAACCUCAAUUAUACCGCUCAGGCACUUAUUAUAUCUGCCGCAUCUAUUGCAGGAUACUUCAUAACCGCCGAUAAAACUAUCUUGGAAUGUGCGAGAAGAAAUGCGCAGCUUGAAUAUUCUCUAAGCCACAAUCGUGACUCGGUUUCAUCUUAGACACUACUUUACUCAUCACCGAUCUUGGUGAAUGAUUGUGCUACUCCAACCUGUAGGCCUUGUUGCAAAGCCUUCCUUUCGGGGUCUCAGAUGGAUUUGAAGGUGUGUUCAUAAAUAAGCUUUUUUUUCUUUCUCUUGUUGUGAAACAGUUAUAUUUGGAAUUGCCUUCACAGUAAUCAGUAGGUGAUUUCAUAAGGAGAAUUUUGAGGAAUUGAUCUAGCUUGUUUUAUUUACAGCUGAAAGUUUAUAUAAAUAUUAUAAUUUAAUAAAUUGUUAUAUCAAACAAUUUGUUUCUGUGAGCAAAGUAUGUACUAAAAAGUAUACUCAUCUAUGUGAUUAGAGUUUGUUUAA